GACUGACCAUGUAAUCUGCGAUAAUGAACAGCAUGUUAUAAAUCAGUCAUUGCAAAGUCAUUUUAUGACGUGAAAUUCAUCAUUUUAAUGUCGCAUUGACGUUUUUGUGACUAACUCGUUCUACUUGGGUAACGGCCUCACAGGCGCUGCUCUUUCCUAUAUAUUUUUAUAGAUAGAGAGUCCCCUUUUAUGAGAUAGGCUGCUAAUACGAGAUCGCAUUUCUGCUAAAUUAAUAAUCAUCUGUUCGCUCUAAAAGUCAAUCGGUGAAUUAUCCCUGAACAUAGUGAAUAGUUACUGAAUUUGCAGUUACAAGCGUACCACUGAAAGUCGCAAUGUAUACUUGUAACUUUAAAUCAGUGACUAUUCACUGUUUUCUGUGAUAAUUCAUUGAUUGACUUUUAGAGAGUUGGUUCUACCGUGUGGCCCUUGGAGCCUGAAGAAAUCUGGUGAAAAAUUCACUGUACAGAUCGCGCGUGUAAUCGUGGCGAGAAAGAAAAGCUGGACGUUGAAAACCCGCCGUCUUAUAUUAGGAGCCUAUCUAAUGAUAGGGGACUCUCCUCUAAUUGUUAUCCGUUUUUCUAACUUUCAGAAUGAUGUGCGCUGCACUUUGUCGCGCCACGAGUCUUUCGUCGCGCGUGCAAUUUAUAAUUGCUCCAAGACGGACCGUCAUUGUCAUCGCGCGCUUUUAAUUCAGGAUGAACGGCGCGUUCUAUUUUCACGUGGACUCGUGGCGUUCUAAACUUAAGCGGCACGCUCGCUCGGUAUUAAUUUUAGUAGGUCUUCGCCGGCACUCCGCGUGCCGCAUAUUCGCCCUCCCGCGGGCGAAGGACCGCGGAAAAACAAGCAGCGGCGCGUGCGAGAUGCCUGGUUAAGCGUAAUAGCGCCGUCUUCUUUCGUGCUUGCAGAAUGUGUCAAGAUGACAUCUAUCUCCUCUUUGUGUGGCAUCGUCGUCAUCCUGCUCUACAGUCCGGUCGCGUACACAUGCGAGGCCGACAAUAAGCUGGAGUCGCGUAUGACCUUUACCCGACACCCGCAGCUGCUGGCCGCCCCGCUGAAUGACGAAGUGAACUUCGAGUGCAGCCUCAGCCUCCCCGCGGAUCAAUUCUUUUGGCACCACCGGCCUCUGGACUCAAACAAAUGGACGCUGGUGCACAACUCCAACGGGACUGGCAAAACGGCGCGGCUCGUCGUCACCUUCGACAACGAGUCGAAGGCCGGAGACUACCGUUGCAUCGCGUUCUACGGUAUCAGCGGUCUAGUGUCGGACCCAGCGAAACUGACGCUCGCGACGAUGCAAAGGUUCUCCGAUAAGAACGACGUCAUCAUCGAGGUAGCGCAGGGUAACACCGUGCCCAUCACGUGUCCCGUACCGUAUUCCGAGCCGGAGGCCAUAGUGCAGUUCUACAAGAACGGCGCGCUCAUCGAGAACGUGGAGUUGGUGAACGGCAGGACCAUGGUCCUCAAGAACGUCAGGGUGACGGACAGUGGCUCGUACCACUGUAGCGUUAACAAUUACAUAACGGUGGUGACGUACACGAGCAACCACAAGACCAUCCUGAAGGUACACACCAACACGACGUUCCAGCGGCCGUAUCUCACCAAGCAGCUGCAAACGGAAUACGUCGUUACGCGCGGCAAGAACGUCACGUUGGAGUGUUUCGGCGCUGGUUAUCCGGUGCCGCGCGUCACUUGGAGCCGCCUGGGCGGCUCUCUGCCGUCAAAGUCGUUGAAAUCGCCCAACGGUUUGACGUUAGUGCACGUGCAGCUGUUCGAUCGCGGGGAAUACGAUUGCGUAUGGAGCAACGAGGGCAAGCCGAUGAAGUCGGCGAUUAUCUUGAGGGUGGUGGAACCACCGAGGGUCACGUGGCAGUCGAACACGUGCGAGUUCCACGAGGGCGGGAAGUUGGAGCUCUCGUGCGACGUACAGGGCGAGCCGCAGCCGAGCGUCGAGUGGCUCAUCAACGGGGAGACUUUGGUGUCCAGCAAGACGCAGGAGAUGACAGGCUCCACUCUUCGCAUAUCCGACGUCGAGAAGAGGCACGCCGGGAUCGUUCAAUGCGUCGCCACCAACGACUACGGAUCGCACUCGGGGUACGAGAUUUUGCAGGUACAACCGAAGCAGCACGUUGUCGGCGAGAUCGGUCCGAGGAUGAACGACAAGGCCGAAUCGAAGCCGGACUACGGGACCGUAUCGAGACACAAGCACACCAGAGGCGGCGGUAGACGCAGAAAGGAAGGAAAGAAGAAGGGAGGCGCAGCGGCAGUGGUUUUGGUACCACCGGAUCAGCCCAACGUCACAAGAUUGUCCGACGUCUCCGUCAUGGUGCGAUGGUCGGUGCCGGAGAACAAAGGUCUGGCGAUACAAUUCUUCAAGGUCCAGUACCGUGAGAUCGGUCCGAAGAUGAACGGUAAACAGCCCAAGUGGAUGACGGCCAACUCGGAGAUACCGAAUUACAUGCGAUCGUUCGAAGUGACCGAGUUGCAGCCCGAUCACACCUACCGAUUCAGGAUCGCGGCGGUGUACUCGAACAACGAUAACAAGCUGAGUCCGAAUUCCGUGCGUUUUCAUCUCAACAGGGAUACCGGUAUUGAGAGUAAUAAAAUGCCAAUACCCUUGUUGACCAACACCGAGGCGUUGGGGCCGCAUCAGGUGUUGCUGGUCUGGCAGAAUCCCGACGGGUCGGCGAAAAUCGACGGGUUCUACAUAUACCAUCGGGCCUCCACGUCGGCCGGCGAAUAUUACAAGACCACCGUCGAGGGGAAAAGCGCCUUCAACAUGACCAUUUCCCACCUGCUACCCGACACUACGUACGAAUUCAAAGUCCAGAGCUUCUCCAUUGACGCGGCCUCGGAAUUUUCCCAGAUAUUACGGCAGAAGACUAAGAAGCCCAUCGUGGAGCAUCCGGUCGAGCAAGUGGUGGCGGAAAAUAAGUUGAGACCGAGCGAGAGUAACAAGAAUGUCAGUAUACACGUAAUAGUCGGUGGGGUGUUCGGAGCGUCGCUCAUUCUGAUCGCCCUCGCCUUCGCGGCGAGAUUUCUGUACAAAAGAGCGAAGUACAAGCAAAGUCAGGAGUCGCAAAGCGAAGGUAAACCGAUCACGAACGGACGAGUAAUGAACGGUGGAGUCACAGACUCCAAGAUCAACAUUACGUCCAAUCCGCUCGCCGGCCUCGACACGUCCGAGGAUAUAAUGCAGCCUAAGAGCGGGCAACAGUCGUCGAUGGAAAUGACGUCGUUUCUAAACGGCCAAAACAACAAUGGCAGCAACAACGGCCAUAACAACGGCGACGCAGCCGGGUCUGACGUGAACGUCACGUCACAUAGCGAGCCGUCGUCCCUGCGCCAAGGGCCGCUGCCUAUCGAACAACGUUUGUGAGAAUGAUUGCAGCUAUAUCUCUAUUUUAUAGACGGUAAGAACGCGACCCGACCCGCAUCCUCCAAGACGGAACGUUUACGCCGUUGAUCAAAAUCUACGAACCCGUUAACGAACUUUAUCUCGCGGGGAGGAGCGCGUAAGGACUUGUCGACGAGUUAUCUCAACGAGAAAACUUAACUUACAGACUGUAUUUAACGUAUUCAGCUAUUAUCGCAACGAUGAGACUGUUGCAAGACAUUUACAGGGUGUCUUAAGUAGAUAUGCUCAAAUGUAUCGCUACUGUAGAUUGGGAUUGAUUUCGCGCAGCUUUGUCGCGCCCCCCCUAUUUUUUUUUAUAUUCAGUAUAAUCGAGUAUAGUAUUGCGAAGACGGUAUUUCACACGCCGAAAUAGUCCCACUUUACGGUGCGUAAUUAGAAGAUAAAAAAAAGAAAACGAUCUGAUUGCAUCCUACGACAUAUUUUAUCUUUCGUUUUUCCCCUUCCGUUUGCAAGAAAAACGUUAUCGAGACCCUUGUUGUCCGUCAAGUGGAUGUGAAAUUCAAUUGAUGUACCUGUGAAAUAACUGUUACACAUCCACUCGACGGUCGUAAACUAGUGAGCACUGAACAACGUUGUUUAGUAGUAUUUUUUUUUUCUUAAUCCCUUUCCGCGUUGUACAACACUUUUACAUCGCUUUCGCGCAAACGGGCUACAUUUUUAAGAGUUUUUGUAAUAAAAGCUUACGUAUCUUCACAGCACGUAACGUAAGGAUACGCCGUACGUAUAGUUACAUUAACUAUUCGCCAAUGUUGAAAUGCAGGUAGUGUCAUCUUACGAUAGAAAGUUAUCAGUAAGCCUUUUUAUAAAAUAACGACGACAUAAUGGUUGAGUCAUAUAUUGUUAACAUUAUCUUGGUGUGUAUGCCUGUUAUUUUUAUAUAAGUGUUUUCCUAGCUGCGACAGAGUGGUCGAGUAAUUUAUUACGAAAUGACAUCCACGAUCAGCGCAAUAUUGCACGCUACGAAAUUUCGGACGGUGAGUUUGUUCGUCGUCAAAAUUAUAUGCAUGUACGUGGGAACAUGUUGUUUAUAUACUGCGAGAGAGAAAAGAGACGCGGUAAAAUUAUAUUUUGAUAUAAUUGGGUAUUUAUUCGUACGGGGCGGCAAAAGACGGAAAUUGUAUUGUAAAUACGGGUUGUACAAAACACUUCCUAAUAAACGUUUGGCGAACGUACUGCAAUUCGCGAGUGAGUCGACAGCGGAGCUAGUGAAAAUCUGCAUUUGUACAUACUAGGGUAGCAUUCGAGCGACACGAAUGAAUACACGUGCCUUACACUCUUGCCUGAGGAUAAUGACGACGAGAAAUAACGAUUAUUUAUACACUUCUGUACAUGUAUACCAUCAUUUCUUGUGUACUUAAUUUUUAUAAAAUAAAUUAUAUUCGAAAGAAGAAUGGGCGAAGGAAAUGCAAGAUACGCGCGCAUGCCUGUACGAGAGCUUUAUCAAACAUUCCCGUUUAAUUUAGCCUGACUGUACAAUUAUGUUUGAAUAUAACACGCUUUAAAUACAA